GCUGCCAGAUGAGGAAGCAGGUGGGAGCCAGGUGGACGGCGGCGGGACACAGAGAGAGCGAGAUGGCCAGCAGGGCGGUGUCAGGGUACCUGCUGUGUGCGGUUGCCCUGGUCUUCCUCGUGCUGCUGCAGGGCACACAGUCAGUCUACAUCCAGUACCAAGGCUUCCAGGUCCAGCUGAAAUCGGUGAAGAAGCUGAAUGACCUGGUGGGUCAAUGGGUGCCCAGCCCCGGCCUGCAAGACCAGAGUCCUCAGCCCUCUGUGUGCCACCACCCGGCCCUGCCGCUGGACCUCCGGCCCAUCUGUGCCUCUAAGGAUGCAGCUAGCAUCUUCCAGGCCUUGAGGACCAUCGCUAACGAUGACUGUGAGCUGUGUGUGAAUGUUGCCUGUACCGGCUGCAGCUGAGAUGGCCUUGGUGCCCUGAGCUCACCCAGGAACCUUGCCCCCACCAGUACACUGCCUUCAGAGCCCCCACUCCCAUCCAGGCUCUGGGGGUCCCCACCACCGCAGUCAUCCCCCCUCCUCCAGGGCCCGACAGCUGGAACUGGUUCAAAGCAAUUGGACCCACAGUAGGAGAAGAGUUUGGUUCCUGGAACAGCCCUGCUGCUGAAUAAAGAUUCUCCACCUAC